GAGUGCCCCAGGGUGGGAGAGUCGUGGAUCGCUGAAAAGAGGAGGCUGCUCCCCCUCUUUCCUCCCCCUACCUUCAGCUUUCCUCAUCUGCCUCGACACCUUCCGGUGGGUGGAGACGUGUAUGGAUCAAUUUUCGGACUGGGGACCGUGGACGUGGAGGAAAUCUACAAGCACCAGGAAGUCGAGAUGCAGGCACCGGCCUUCAAAGAGAAGAAACGGGGGGUCCCAACCAAGAAUCAAGGUGCCCAUGACCCAGACUAUGAGAAUAUCACCUUGGCCUUCAAAAACCAGGACCAAGCGAAGAGUGGUUAUUCACGACCCACGAGUCAAGUCCCAUCGCAGUGCAGGCCACCCUCAGACUCUAUCCAGAUCCCCUGUUGGUUGUACAGAGCCAUCCUGAGCGUGUACGCCCUCUUGGCCCUGGCCUUCAUCCUCUGCAUCAUCCUCUCGGCCUUCAUCUUGGUGAAGAAUUCUGAGAUGUCCAAGGAGCUAGUGGACUUAAAAAGGGACCUUUGGAGUGUCUCAAACUCCAUGCAAACAUGUGAGGAGAGGCAGAAGGAAGUCUGCAAGUCCAUUAAGGAGAGCAUCAAAGGGGUCACAAGCAAGGUGGAGAAAUUAGAGACACAGUUACCAGAUAUAAAAAACAUUGAGACAAAGGUACAGAGAAUCUUGGAGGUGCUGGAGAAAACAUCACAGUCCUCACAUAAAUAAAGGAGGGGACAUUGUGGCAGCCAAAGCUACAGCUUGGAAGAUGGGGUUGCACCUGCCGAUGAAGACGGAAUGACCCCCCGCCAGCCUAGUGUGAAUUUGCCCCUCAUCCUGCAUAUAGAAAAACCUUUAGUCAUGGUGAAUGAGUGUCUCAGAGCUGUUUGUGUGCGUGUGUGAGCAUGUGCAUGUGCGUGUGUGCAUUUUGCCGAGGGUGGCCAUUUCAAUGUGUGCCCCAGAAAGGUGAUGAAUAGGACCGUGAGAAUCACAGUGAGUGUGGCAUGCGUGCCUGUGUCACAUGACAUGUAUGAGUCGGCAUGUCACAGUGGGUGGUUGUGUCGAGGACCUCCAGCAGAUGUCACUCU